GGGAUGAUGGAGUCCCGACAGCGGCGACGGCGGCGCAGUCACCGGCCCCUGGUCUCCGCCUUCCUGCGGGACCCUGGCUCGGGGCGCGUCUACCGGCGCGGGAAGCUGAUCGGCAAGGGCGCCUUCAGCCGCUGCUACAAGCUGACCGAUAUGUCCACCAACAGCGUGUUCGCUCUCAAGGUGGUGCCGCGAGGUGGGGGCGGCCCGGGACGGCUGCGCCUGCGUGGGAAGGUGGAGCGGGAGAUCGCCCUGCACAGCCGCCUGCGACACCGCAACAUCGUGGCCUUCCACGGCCACUUUGCUGACCGCGACCACGUGUACAUGGUGCUGGAGUACUGCAGCCGCCAGUCGCUGGCCCACGUCUUGGAGGCGAGACGCACGCUGACGGAGCCCGAGGUGCGCUACUACCUGCGUGGCCUGGUCAGCGGCCUCGACUACCUGCACCAGCGGAGGAUCGUGCACCGCGACCUGAAGCUCAGUAACUUAUUCCUGAACAAGAACAUGGAGGUGAAGAUCGGGGACCUGGGGUUGGCCGCCAGGGUGGGGCCAGGGGGCCGCUGUCACAGAGUGCUCUGCGGGACCCCAAAUUUCCAGGCCCCAGAGGUGGUGACCCGGAACGGACACUCAUGCCAGUCUGACAUCUGGGCUCUGGGCUGCGUCAUGUACAUGGUGCUGACCGGAGCGCCCCCCUUCACGGCGACCCCUCUGUCCGAGAUGUACCAAAAUAUCCGAGCCGGCCGCUACCCGGAGCCCACCCACCUGUCCCCCAACGCCCGGCGCCUCAUCGCCCGCCUGCUGGCGCUGGACCCUGCGGCGCGACCCAGCCUGGAUUUGCUCCUGCAGGACGAUUUCUUCACCCAGGGCUUCACCCCGGACCGGCUGCCACCCCACUCCUGCCACAGCCCCCCAAUCUUCGCUGUCCCCCCACCUCUGGGCCGGCUCUUCCGGAAGGUGGGACAGCUGAUGUUGAGCCAGUGCCGGCCCCCCUGUCCAGGAGAAGACGGUGGAGAUCCUGAUUCCACGGAGUUGGGGGGCAAGGCCACCCUAAUGGAAACGGAGGCUUCUGUCCCCAAGUGCCCCGUCCACCGGUUCUCCCAAGGGGCCCUCAGAAGUGACCCCAAUGAGCCUGGGGGGAGCUCCAGAGGGGAAGUGGAGGCGGCCAUCCGGAGCCUGAGGCUCUGCCUGGACCCCGGACCCCCAGGAGUGGGAACCUGUCCAGUCACAGAGGACCCCGCUGAAGAGCAUCGGCCCAUCCUGUGGGCCCCCACGUGGGUGGAUUACUCCCACAAGUAUGGCUUUGGCUACCAGCUGUCGGACGGGGGCAGCGGAGUUCUGUUUCGGGAUGGCACCCACAUGGCUGUUCGGCCCCCAGAGGGCCAAGUCAGCUACAUGCCCGCCCGGGGAAGUGUGUACACUUGGGCCCUCAGAGACGUGCCCGGGCCUCUGGGUGCCAAGCUGGCUGUCCUGCAGCUCUUUGCUGGCUACCUGCGGCGGCGGAAACGAUGGCGAUUGGUGAGCAGGGUGGGAGGUGGGCGGGGCUGGGGCGGGACCAGGGCCAAUUCGAGACGGGAUUGUAGCUGGAUAGGGGCGGGACCAAAUCGGUGGGGCGUGGUCAUCAUCAGAUGGGCGGUGACAAAUCGUGAGGGGGGUGGGGGUGCACCCACUGGUCCUGCACCCACUGCUGGCCCCAGCCUGUGCCUCCUACGUUUCCUCGCAUCCCCGCGCGCCCUGCUGCUGCUCUUCAGCGACAACACUGUGCAGGUGAGUUUCACGGCCAAGCGGGCGCAUCUCCUACUGAGCGGCAGGGGCGAAGGCCUGCUCUUGAGCGUGUGGGAAGGGGGCCAGCCCGGCAUCUCCUACCCGCUGGGGGUCCUGCGGAGCCGAGGCUGCACCCCUGCCGCCCGCCGGCGCCUUGUACGUGCACUGCACCUGCUCCAAAGCAUCUAGCGACAGACCGAGGGUCAGAGUGGACCACUGCAUGAUGAAAGUCACCUGGGCUGUCCUCUGAGCCUGUUUCCCCAUCCUCAG